UAACAUGUCACAUGAAGGAUGAGGGGAUUGAGGAAGCUUCAGAUCUCAAUUUCUGGAGUCUCUCGUGCAGAUAACAUAGCCCUCCAUUUCUUCCCAACCCCAAGUAGCUUUGAUUUUGCUUUCAUGGUGGGUAAUCUUGCCCACCUUCCCAACCCACUCUCUCUCUCUCUCUCUCUCUCUCUCAUACACUCUGAAAAUCUCCCAAUUUCUCCAUUAUAUCUCAUCUUCCUCUUCGUCUAAACUGUGUUCUGGGCAACUAUGAGUCCACUGUUAGUCCCAUCUUCAAGGCCUUAGCUAUCUAUCCAUUCACAUUCAUCGCUCCCUGUGAAAUUGGAUCUGCACCCCUAUUCCCGAAGCCCUAGCUUCAGUGUUUGCUGAAUAAUUUUUACAAUGAGUGCCCAAGCGCCCAAGUCUUCGAGGCCUUCCAAAUCGCAAAUGCCGUCGAGAUCGCCCUCGUCUGGUUCGUCUUCUCUGUCGUCGCACCUCGCCAUGAUCGAGCUCAAGCAGAGGGUCCUCACUUCGCUCUCUAAGCUCUCCGACAGGGACACGCACCAGAUCGCCGUCGAGGACCUCGAGAACAUCAUCCAAAACCUCUCUCCUGACGGCGUCACCAUGCUACUCAAUUGCCUCUACGACGCCACUGGCGACCCCAAGCCCACCGUCAAGAAGGAGUCGCUCCGCCUCCUCGCCGUCCUCUGCGCCGCCCACGGCGACUCCACGGCGAGCCACUUGACCAAGAUCAUUGCGCACAUCGUGAAGAGGCUCAAGGACUCUGAUUCGGGGGUGCGGGACGCGUGCCGUGACGCGAUUGGGGCGCUUUCGGCCCAAUUCUUGAAGGGCGACGGCGAUAACGGCGUCGCUGGGUCGGUGGUUUCGUUGUUUGUGAAGCCGUUGUUCGAGGCAAUGGGAGAGCAGAACAAGGCGGUUCAAGCUGGGGCCGCAAUGUGUAUGGCCAAGAUGGUGGAGUGUGCUUCGGAGCCGCCGGUGGCUUCGUUUCAGAAGCUCUGCCCAAGGAUCUGCAAGUACCUUAACAGCCCUAACUUCUUGGCAAAGGCCUCACUGUUGCCGGUGGUUUCUAGUUUGUCCCAGGUCGAGGCUAUAGCAGCACAAAGCUUGGAACCAUUGCUUCACAGCAUUCAUGAGUACCUUGGAAGUACAGAUUGGGCAACACGUAAGGCUGCAGCUGAUGCAUUAAAUUCUAUAGCCUUGCAUUCAAGCAACUUGAUUGCAGAUAGAGGUGCUUCCACGGUGACUGUGCUUGAGGCUUGCCGAUUUGACAAGAUUAAACCUGUCAGAGAUAGUAUGACAGAGGCUCUGCAGCUGUGGAAGAAAAUUGCAGGAAAAGGAGGUGUGGAAGCUUCUGAUGACCAGAAAGUUUUAUCUCAUGAUGGUGAAAAUUCUGAACCAGCUGAAGUGAUGGAAAGAAAGGAUCUGAAAGUUCCAAAUCGUAGCGACAGUAAAGCUGAAACAUCAGCGAAGGAUUCACCCAAUGGAUCAUCUCCUUCUGAUGUUUCACACAAAGAAAAGGGUCCUAAUACUCUAGACAAAGCAGUUGGGUUAUUGAAGAAGAAGGCACCUGCACUAACUGACAAAGAAUUGAACCCAGAAUUCUUCCAAAAACUUGAAACAAGGGGUUCAGGUGAUUUACCUGUAGAGGUUGUUGUCCCUCGUCGAUGUCUUAAUUCUGCCAAUAUGCAGAAUGAGGGAGAAUCAGAGUCAAAUGGUGCAGAUCCAAAAGAAAAGUCAAAGGGGAACUAUCAACCAGAUGAUGGAUCCUUUAACAUUAAGUAUCGUAAUUCAGAGAAAGGAACUGCUAGUGGGUUUUCUAGACAGCGAGAUUUUGAUGAUUUUGCCCGGGAUAAAUGGGCUGAAGAGAGAGGUAAUGGGAAAGACUCGAAAACUAACUGGUUGGCCAUCCAGAGACAAUUAUUACAACUGGAGAGACAACAAGCUCAUCUGAUGAAUAUGUUGCAGGAUUUCAUGGGUGGCUCUCAUGAUACCAUGGUGACUCUAGAGAACAGAGUGCGGGGUCUAGAGAGAGUUGUGGAAGAUAUGGCGCGAGACUUGUCAAUAUCCUCAGGUCGAAGAGGUAGUAAUUUUGUGGUGGGAUUUGAGGGAUCUUCUUAUAGGCAGUCAGGUAAGUAUAAUGGCUUCCCUGACUACUCUGGUGCCAAAAUGGGGAGAAAUGGCGAUGGUUGGAUUCCCUUUGCAGAGAGGUAUGCCCCAUCUGAUGGUAUAGGUUCAGCCAUGAGAGGGCGGGGCCCUUCUUGGAGAUCUGAUGUUUCUGGUGCUUGGGAUUUCCACACAUAUGGAAAAAAUGGACAAAUGGGAUCUAGGAGAGUCUUAGGCAGUGGUCCCAUAGAUGGUAGUUCACCCAAGUCAGAACAUGAGAGUGAUCAGGUUGGCAAUAGGAGAGGUUGGGAUAAAGGAGUUGGUCCUCUAAGGCUUGGUGAAGGGCCUUCUGCAAGAAGUGUUUGGCAAGCAUCAAAGGAUGAAGCAACCUUGGAAGCAAUUCGGAUAGCUGGUGAAGACAAUGGAACUGCUCGAAAUUCCAGAGUAGCUAUUCCAGAAUUGAUUCCAGAAGCUAUGGGGGAGGAGAAUGCUGUGGCAGAGAGGGACCCAAUCUGGACUUCUUGGAGUAAUGCCAUGGAUGCACUGCACAUGGGUGAUAUGGAUUCAGCUUAUGCUGAAGUUUUGUCUACUGGGGAUGAUCUCUUACUUGUGAAGCUAAUGGACAGAUCCGGUUCUGUGGUUGAUCAUUUGUCAAAUGAGGUAGCAAGUGAGGUUUUGCAUGCUGUUGCACAGUUUCUACAAGAGCAAAACUUGUUCGACAUUUGUUUGUCUUGGAUUCAACAGUUGGCAGAUAUUGUCGGAGAAAACGGACCCGAUUGCUUAGGUAUUCCAAUGGAAGUGAAAAGGGAGCUUUUGCUGAAUUUGCAUGAUGUUAGCUCGGCAGUCGACCCACCAGAGGACUGGGAAGGUGCAGCACCUGACCACCUUUUGUUGCAGUUGGCGUCAGCGUGGGAAAUCAAUCUGCAACAGCUGAACAAGUAAUCUUCAACUUAAAUCAGUCCGGGAAAUUCUGUAUCUUACUGUCUUUCGGGGGUGGUGGUUUGUCUUGGAUGGGAUGAACAUGUAUUUAGGUAGAUAAGAUGAACUGCUAUACAACCAUACAAAUGAGUGUUUUGGCAUUUUGUUAUUUCCAUUUGAUUGAAUUGGAAUUAGAUAUGCCUUUUGCUCUAAAUACAAAGUUGGGAGUUGCAAUUUGAAUUGACAAUCAAUCAUCCUUGCCCGCAUGGACGGUUCUUUGUUUC